AUCGAACUAUGCGAUGUGCAACGAAACGACCCUUCCUGCAUCAACAAGAAUCCCUAUUCCCUGAACCAACCAUAGCCAAUCACACAUCAAUCGGGUUGCACUGCACGUCCCGCCGGAAAUACCGUUACAGUAUCGAGGGCGCGCAUCCAAAUAAAUUUCAUCAAUUUUCAAGUACAGGAACGACGACGGUUAAUUGACACGCCCCAUCAUUCACGUAGGCAGGGCGUUAACCAAGGAUUUGAACAGGUUCGAGAGGGAUAAAACACAACCCAAGCUCGUGCACAAUGGGGAAGAACAAGCGCGGCCUCCAAAAGACAUCCUCCAAGAAAUCAAAAGUCCAGCACGUCAAAAACUCCAAACCAACAGGAAUCUCCAAAUCUCUCUCCAAAACCAAGAAAAUAACCGAUCAACCACCACCUUCAGCGAAGAAACCACAACAACAGCAUAUCAAACCACCAACCAUCCCCUUCCACCCAAAUGACAGCAUCCUCCUAAUAGGCGAAGGAGACCUCUCCUUCUCCGCCUCGCUAUGCACACACCACUCCUGCUCCAAGAUCCACGCCACAGUCCUAGAAUCCUCACUCGAGGAACUGAUUGCGAAAUACCCCGCCGUGGGAGAGAAUCCGGGUGCGGAGCAGAAUAUCAAGACCCUGGGAGAGGGAGGAGGAACAAUCCGAUGCGGUGUGGAUGUCAGUAAGAAGGGUCUGGGGAUGGGGAAGGUUAAAGAGAGAUGGGAGAGAAUAGUAUUUAAUUUUCCGCAUGUCGGAGGGAAGAGUAAGGAUGUGAAUCGACAGGUAAGGUAUAAUCAGGGUAUGUUUUGCUUUUUCUUCGCCUCUUCUGUUUUAUAUCGCUAAAGUAUGAGACAGAAUUACUAGUAGCAUUCUUCACCAAUUGCCUGCCUCUACUCUCUCCGACUCCCGGUUCCUCGUUUCUGAUUACGCUUUUUGAGGGGGAGCCUUAUACGUUAUGGAAUAUUCGGGAUUUAGCUAGACACAGCGGAUUGGAAGUGAAAAGGAGUUUUAGGUUUCAAGCAGCUGCGUAUCCAGGAUACAAACACGCAAGAACUCUGGGUGUGGUAAAAGGAAAAGAUGGCAAGGUUGGUGGGGGAUGGAAGGGCGAGUCAAGGAGUAGUAGGACCUAUGAGUUUGUUCGCAAAGGGGAAGGGGAAGUACAGGGACCUGGAAAGAAUAAGAAGGGCGAUGAUAGUAGUGAUGAUGAGGAUGAUGCCACAGAGGAAGAGAUGGUUGAUGUUGAAGAAGUGGGUGAUCACGGAGGGAUAGAGGACGAGAAAGAUGGAAAUGCUUCAGACGAUUACGAUUGAGAGGCUUUGUUUUGGUUGGUUUAUCCGCCAACUUAUCAUCAUCCAUAAGAGGAACGCCAGGGUUUCCUACCAUGCUUUUUGGAACCCACCCAUUCUAUAUUCUACAAGAUUGGAAUCACCCGAUUGCGACGCACAGAGCCGACCCCUAGCUAGGAUCUUGGUUGUCGCACGAUGAGUGGUUAUGUUGAAAUAGUCUGGAAAGAUGGCAGACUACCAUUCAUUGCUGCAGGGUCGCCAUUGAAUUGGUUUAACAACGCGCCAUUGGCUCUAUCCGACAUUGGUAACAAUCCUCUUCCCAGGUCACCCUCAGCAGGGUGUAAAGCAUAUUGGGAUGCAUCCAUUGAAUCACCGUCGAAAAUAACCAUAUUUUGAAUCGGCUGUUGGCGGGCACCAAGAACAUUGAUGACGUCUUGGGCCAAUUGACCACCUAGAACUGCAGUGACGG